GGUGGCAGUAGAACGAUGCUCCGUUUCCUGCGGAGCCGCACAGUCACAACAAGAGGAGGAAGAGGAAAAACGACAACUCUGGAUCUGGAUCGUCGUCGACUGUCUUGCGUGACAACACAGGGAUCGUCCAGACUUUGGGUAUUGGCGUUUUUUAUUCUCCUCUCUCUGUCGUGUCGGAGCGCCGCGGAUCGGCCGCACCGCCGCCCGGUUUGUAGCGGUUGCUCCAGUUUGACCUGCACCAUGUCUGAUUUGCUGAGAUACAUUGACUACGACCACAAAGCCACCUUCCUGAAGAUGCUGAACCAGCAGCGCAUGGAGGGUGAGCACUGCGACGUGGUGGUGGUGGUGGAGAACAUCGAGUUCCGGGCGCACCGCUGUGUCCUCGCCGCCUGCAGCAACUACUUCAAGAAGCUCUUCAAGAAGCAGAGCGACGAGGACAACUCCAUCGUGGAGCUCGACUUCAUCCGCUCCGACAUCUUCGAGGAAGUGCUCAACUACAUGUACACGGCGCGGCUGGCGGUGCGGAAGAAGGACAUCAACAUGAUGAUGUCGUCCGGACAGAUCCUCGGCAUCAACUUCCUGGACAACCUUUGCACCCAGAAGCGGGAGCUGACCAACAUGAAGACCCGCGAGAACCAGGCGCCGGACGACCACGGCAUGCGGGCGCAGGACGCCAUCUUGAAGGAGCUCGCUAUGGAGGAAGUGAGGAAGAACAGCUUCUACGACCAGGGGAUGGACGCCAUCGGCCCCGGCGGCUCCCACGUCUCGCAGCCGCACAGCUACAACACGGGGCUGGGGAAGGAUCCGCACGCCCACGGCUGGGGGUCGUCGACCUCCGCCGCCGACAUGAAGCUGGAGUACCUCCUCUACGGCCACCGCGACCACAACUCCUGCCAGAGCGCUGGCGCCAAGCCGCUCGACCACAACACCAAGAAGGAGCGGCUGCUCACCGCCAACCGCCCAUACGGCUGCGAGCACUGCCCCAAAGCCUUCACCACCGCCGCGCACCUCAAGGAGCACCUGAAGAUCCACUCGGGCUUCAAGCCGCACCGCUGCGUCGUCUGCGGCAAGGCCUUCAUCCGGGGGCCCGACCUGAAGCGGCACGAGCGCGUGCACAGCAACGAGCGGCCCUUCGCCUGCCAGAUGUGCGAAAAGGCCUUCAAGCACAAGUCUCACCUGAAGGACCACGAGCGGCAGCACCGGGGCGAGCGGCCCUUCAACUGCGGCUCGUGCGACAAGGCGUUCAUCAAGGCGUCGGACCUGAAGCGCCACUGGAACACGAUGCACAGCGCCAACCCACGCAGACAGAUGUCACUGUCGCCUGCCACCUCCCAGCACGCCCAGGCGGAGGCUGCUGACCAGAGAGACUGGAAACUGGAGACCGGGCCACACUCGCACAACUCUGGGGACUGCUGAGCGAUCCGAACACACACACACGCACACACACACACUGACAUACAGGGGCAUCUCAAUAAAUAGGAAUAUAAUCAAUAAGGUAAUUUUAUUUCAGACAUAUAAUCCAAAACGUACAACAGAGGAUGAGGGCCAUUCUAAGAAAAUAAAGAAAAUUACGAGAAUAAAGUCAAUAAUAUUAUGAAUUUAUUCUCAUAAUAUUGACUUUAUUCUC